GUAGUUUUAUUUGUGUGACCGGUUUGAAGGGGGAGUGUAAAGAUGGUUGUCGCUGUCAUUAAAUCUCAUCGGACUCGGUUUAGGAGUCUCUGUGUUUUAUAUCCAAUGUUUAACUUGAAAACCAGCCGUCAGUUAAUAUGUCUGUUAGUCACCGUCUGUGUUUUGACGAGCCAGUCGCUGGCGGAGGACACGGACUUUAUGGAGGAGUUUCUGAAACGAGAAUAUUCUCUGGCGAAGCCGUACCGAGGACUGGGUUUCUCUAGUUCUUCGCAGUGGGACCUGAUGGGCACUGCCAUGGUCACACCCGACCAAGUGAGGCUGACUCCAGAUCUGCAGAGCAGGCAGGGAGCUGUGUGGAGUCGAAUUCCUCUCGUCUUGCGGGAUUGGGAACUCAAGGUGCAUUUUAAAAUCCACGGUCAGGGAAAGAAGAACUUAAACGGGGAUGGACUGGCCAUCUGGUUAACCAGAGAUCGCAUGCUAAAUGGUCCUGUGUUUGGCAACAUGAACCAGUUCACUGGACUUGGAAUAUUUGUGGACACUUACCCCAACGCUGACAAGACACAUGAUAAGACACAAGCUGGAACUCAGAGGACUUUCCCUUACAUAUCAAUGAUGCUGGGGAACGGCACCCUGUCGUAUGACCACGAUCGUGAUGGGCGGCCCACUGAGAUUGGAGGAUGUACGGCUUUGGCACGCAAUUCGGUUCACGACACUUUCCUCCUCGUCAGAUACUCCAAAAACAGGCUGACGCUGUUGGUUGAUGUAGACGGUAAACAGGAAUGGAGAGAAUGUGCCGACGUUACAGGACUGCGGCUACCUACAGGAUACUUCUUAGGUGCCUCAUCUGCCACUGGAGACCUGUCAGAUAACCACGACAUCAUCUCCAUGAAGUUGUACCAGCUGACCGUGGAGAGGACUCCAGAGGAGGAGGAAGAGGAGGAGGUCACCAUCCCCAGAGUUGACAACAUGGAACAGUUCCAAGUGGAAGUGGAGGAGGAAGGAAUGAGCGGCAUCCAGUUCUUCUUCACCCUCCUCUUCUCCAUCCUGGGCCUGGGCGUGCUGGGAGUGGUAGGGCUGAUGGUCUACGGCCGCUGGAAGGAGAACAAACGCAAGCGCUUCUAUUGAUCGGAAAGCAGUUGAUCCAGCUAGGUUUUCACAAUGUGUGUUUCUUAAUCGACAUACACGACAACAAUGCAAAGACUGCCGUAGCUUUACCGAACAACACAAAUCAAAUGAACAAACGACCUCAUGAGCAGAUGAGGUGAUGAGAACAGACGAGCCAGCUGUAAAAUACUCUUUUUGAAGUGUUCUGGAAGAUAGAUGAGAUAAAGCUGCUCUCGUGAUUUUAUUUUUAAAAUUUUUUUUCUUUUAAAAUACGCUCAUCUCAGCUUACAGCACAGUGAGUCUGUGGUGUCCUUCUGCUCGGUGAGACGCUGCGUCCACCAGCAGGACGAGAGACCAACUCCACAAUCAGUAGCAGAAUCAAAUGCUGUGUGGAGUUUGCUGACCACGUUCCAGGAUUCCUGCAGACCAGAUCCAGCUCUCAGUGGGUGGGGUAGCUCCUACAGGGAAACAGUAAGAAAUGAUGUGAAGAUGAUGGCACCAGUUUGGUGAUUAUCAUUUAAAUCAGGGCUGUCAAACUCAUUCUAGUCCAGGUUCCACAUUCAGCACAAUGUGAUCUCCAGCGGACUGGACCAGUAAAAUCACAGCAUAAUAACCUAUAAAUAAUCACAACUCCAGAAUUUAUUCACAGCUAUCUGGAACUGAACAAUUUAGUAUUUUAACGACAAAGUCAGACCCAACAUGACAAAAAAACCCCCACCAACAAUAAGACAAAUUAUUACAAAAACAAGACACAAAACAACAAAAACCAGAAACAAAACGAUCAAAGAACAAUGAACAGUCUAGUAUUUUAUGAUAUAAACAACUUGUUGUGGUCUAGAAAUUAUUUUAAAUUUAUAGUGUUACUAAUUUGCAAUCUGCAGUUAAUGUCUUCCCUGGAAUUUUUACUCUUUGAGGGCCGGAUUGGACCUUCUGGAUGGCCGAUUUUGGGCCGAGGCCCGCAUGUUUGACCCCCUGAUUUAAAUCAACUAGUUAGGAGUUAGUCAACCUACAUUCUUCUUUUAUCCUGUUGGAUUUUAAACUAAUUUUAGAAUUUUUACAUCGGUAUUCUCUUUUUGUGAAGUAAAGACAUAUUUUUGGGGACUUGUCUUCCAUUCAGGCUGUUACAGAUGGAAUCAGAUAUGAUCUGGGUUUACUAGCUAACCUGCCCGUCGUAUAAACCAGUGUUAGCUAGUAGGUAGCUAGCAGAGCAGGAUCCUAGCAGGAGGUGUUCCUUUCAGCUGGUAGACCUGUGGAAAUGAAGGAUGCUGUUGAGAUGAGUGUGGUGUGUAGAGGCUACAGCUAACGUUAGUCCUCUGCAGCUCCUCUGGCUUCAUGCGAUAAAACCAAAAAACAUACACGGUUUGAAUUCUGGCGCCAUCCCCAACUCCCAGCACCUCUUCAACGCUUGCACUACUCCCCACAAGUCUCAUUAUGAAACCGUGUCGAGCACGAUCUGCAAUAAAAUGCUGAAUCUCUGAAACUAUCCAAACAGCAACCCUGCAGGAUUUCAUUUAGGGUAAGAAGGAGGUCACAGGGAUCUGAAUCUAGUAAAUAAGUCAGCCACAGAGUAGUGAUUGUGUCUGUAGUUACCAUGCUCUGACCAGGCACAUAGGAUCUUGGAGCACCCAUGUUUCGCAAAGACACACCGCAAAUAAUCCCAGAACUUUUUGAUUACUCUCCUUAUUUGUCUUCACCCGUUUGUUGAGCCAUGCCCAUUUUUUGGAAAUCUGAUCACAUCUGAAGGAUUUCUACCAACUAAACCAGGUCCAUAUAUUCAGUUUCCCUCAGAAGUCCAUCAGAUGACUGAACAUAAAGAUGCUACAGAUCAUAUUUUACUCCCUUUCAGCAGAACUGUAAAUCCUGCUGUACUGCUUCUCCUCCCAUUUGGGAACGUUUCACCCACUAGGAAGUGGCUCCGGUCUGCAGAGAGUAGUGUAGUGUGUAGUUCCCUUUACCUCCACUUUAAUCUAACUUGUAGCUGCUGUGAAGACCAGUCAACCUGUGGAUCAUCGUAGACUUCUUGCUGCACUGAUGAAGUCUCACUGUACUGAGCUCCCAUGCAUUGGGAGCACCUUAAGUCUGGCAAAGCGCUUCCAUCAGCUCACAUAACGAGUGGAUUUAUGUUAGCUGACUGUAAACGUACAGUUACUGAAAUGUUGAGCUCGAUGUUGUACAUUAGAAGAACGAUUCGAGUGAGCAGUGCUGCUUAAAGUGCCUCGCUAGGAACAAUAAAGACGAGCUCCUAUUUGAUCUUCAGUCUUUUCUGCGGGUUUGAGCUCCCCUUUUAUUCACUAGUUGGCAUCACGAGUUAUUGGGCUUCAUUUGACUUCUGAAGUUACCGAGAAUUCUUUUAAAAUGUUAUUCAAAAGCAUCAUUGUGCACCCGGCAUCGUUUCAGGAACAGCUUUUAUGUGGGAUUGAGUUUCAUCAAUAGAAACGUUUUUACGUUUCAUCAACUAAUUUGUUUGCAAUAAUUUUGCUUUAGACUUGAGUACGCACUGUGAACUAAAUAGCCAUAAACAGGAUUUUGUAGAUGUGAGUUUAAACUGAUGAGUUUAUGUGAGUAUGAAUGUUUACUGUUGAUUUUUUGAACCUGUACUAGGACUGACGCCAUCAUUUACGUUGGUGCCUUACUGCAGCUGUUCUACUUCUAUUACUAGCUUGCAUUUUAGCGACAUCUUUCCUCUAUUAUUCUGGUUUUUCUGUAGCGUGGGAAGGAGCGCUGCAGUCUUCCAUGUUUUCCUUAAAACUAGCAAAUGUCAGCUUCAUAAAUAGGCUGCAAACAUUUUAAAAACAUACUUGUAAUACGCACAAAACGUUUUAAACAACUUUUUACAAUGCUGACGUGUCUGCUCAAGAACAGACGACCGCAUCCGCUGGACGCAAGGAAGUUAUUCAUCAUCAGGAGUUACUAAUAACAGUAGCAACAGCCGUCUUCUGUUCAGGCAUUCCGGUAGGUCAGGACUGUUUCAGGACCCUGAUUCUGAACCUAUGGCUAUGUAUAAAUGUCGCUAAUGAAAAAGGUCGGACCUGCAGUCACUAAAGGGGGAAUUCCAUGUGAACUUGUGGGUUUUCCUUCUGCAAAUGUGCAUUUAUGGAGUCGGACUGAAGCUAUGAGACUUAAUUGCUUAAUUAAACGAAAGCAUCAUUGUGAUUCAACAAUGAUUUAGCGUUGCACUUUUGUAUUUUAACUGUUAGACAGGUUUUAAAUGGUGAAAAUCAGUUAAAGAGAAUGAAAGAUACUCUAUUUUCUAAUCAACCUGCUGCAGACCCGCAGUGCUAAGGUGUCCUCUAGCCUGAGGGGAGGGUUGGAGUGGUUGUGUUGAGCUAAUUAACCCCACAGCUCCAGGUUUCUGUCCCCUUUUAAACUCCUACUGUUCGACAUAACCGACUCCUGCGGCCGAUGGCAUUUGUCAGACUGAUGCUGAAGGCUUCAUAGAGCUUUCUUUGCAUGUUCCCAACACCUGAGAACACACUUUGAUAUGUAAAAUCAGUGGAGUUUUUCUUUUACCUUGAAACAACAACAGUAGCUGUAAAGUCUGAACCCUUACAGAGAGACCUGUGAGUCCAAUUCAGCGGUUCUUGUUGUCGUUCUUGUACCUGAAUAUUUGGUUUUCUGAUCAUGAUUCAAACCAGGUGAGACUCCAGAGAUGUUUCAAGCUAAAAGUUCGACCACCACUUCUCUGUCGGUGGGUUUUCUGACUACAGGCUUCUCCUGUGUGACAGUUUGUAUUUUUCUUUACAAAAUUGAAACAAACAAAAAAAACCUAGUGUCAGGUUUGAUCGGUAUUUGUCUGUGAAGCAUCAAGAAUACACAAUAAAACUGAGUAUUUCAUGAAAGUCUCUGACACUAAAGUAAGACCAGCACUCAGGUUAUUCAUUAGUUAUUUGUAGAAUGCCAUUUUUCAAGACUGUUCCCCAAACAAUUGACUUUCAGUCAAGUAAAACACUGUCAUAGUGAAAUAUUUGCAGUAGGAGUUUUCUCAGCAACAGUAUGGAUGUUAUUAGAAAUCAGGGAGACCAAUAACCCACAUUUGGAACCUGUAUACAUUUUAAUGAAAAGAAGAGUUUGGUGAAGUUUAAAAUAACACAAACUGCAAAACAGAAGUUAAGUUGUAAAUAUGUUCUAAAAAGGAUCCUUCAGCGUUGAGAGGCUUUUCCUCCUGACAGUGCCGUUAGCAGGACACAGAUAAAGAGAAGCAGCUGCAUCGGAGUUACAAUAUCACAUUUAUAAAGUAUUUCAUCAGGAAUCAGUUGGAAGAACUAAACCGAUAACCUGAAAGAUGCUAGAAAUCCAAUCCAGAGCCAAUAAUGGACUCUGCCAAUAAUCUGUUAUUUUGUAGAAACGCUGGAGAGGAUUUCAUGUGGUUGUUGUGUAUUCUUAAAUGCUUUAUUGUAGUUCUCAGAUUUUGAAGCCAUAUCAAUCAGUAGUCGACUACUUUAAACCUGUUCAUGGUUUUGUUUAGAGUUACUUCUGAAAGGUUUACUGUUGUUUCUCUCCUCCUAAUGGUUUUAGUAGGUGCUUGUUCUAGUCUUCACUGUGUGUCAAGACAUUUGUUCUAAUCAGUGCAUUUAACAUGAGCCAUGUCUGUAGCAACCAGCCCCGUAGCUAAUCAUUAAGUUCACCCAGUCGUGCUAAAAAUCCAAACCCUGUUCAGAACAAAGUGUGAGUGGAGAGCAGAUGGUUGGUUGUGCUCCUGUGUCAGAAUUUGUUUUUCAAUAAAAGUUUCUAUGGUGAUUUUC